AAUUCAUAUUAUAGAUAAUAAUUUGUCUUGACCAACCCGUUCUUUUAUUUCUAUUAAUGGAAAUGUCUAUCAAACUAAAUUCUUUGUUCCGUAUUAUACCAAUUUCAUAUACAACGCCUAAUUAUCUAAUCACAAUAAACCAAUAUUAAAUUAAAACAACUACUAUUGACUAUUAUUACUACUAUUACUACUACUACUACUACUACUACUACAAGUACUACUGUUCGUGUUACUUUUUACAAUUAUUUUCUUGUUCUCUUUCUUUCUCUCUCUCUCUCUCAUACACACACACACACAAGCAUUACAACAUAGUUGAGGAUAUUGAUCAAUCAGUGGAAGUAUACUAUUCGUACUAUUCGUAUAAAAAUCUCUUAUUCCUAUACAUCAACAGCAACAACAACAACGACAACAAAAAUAUGAGUCUCUCUAAAUAAACGGAUAAAAAAAAAACAAUAAUAGAUUGAUUAUUUUACUUGAACGAAGAAACUGAGCAAAUCUGUAAAAAAAAAUGUCAUCUAUUUCGAAUAAACAUACUUCAUCUGGUAGGGAUACUGAUAAAACUACUUCAACUGAUAAAAACUGUUCAUCAUUUGAAUUACCAUUUAUGUCUGCUCAGCCUUCAACAUUAUUAAAUGGCAAUACACCAUGUGUUAAUCCAUCUUUAUCUUACUUAAAUGGUUUGAACUAUUGGCCGCAGAAAUCAUUUCCUAACACAGAAGUACCUAGUUUUCCAACGAAUAAUAGUUUCCUCCCUUAUCUUGAUGACCAACAAAAAUUGCAACAACUUCAAAUGCAACUUUUAUUAAUGGAACAAAAUGGUAAAGAACCACAAUCGGUCACAAAAGAACAUCGAAUAUUUGGAAAUAAAAUGGAAUAUUUAAGUGGAACUAAUGUCAAUGUUCCAAGUCAUAAUAUUCUUAGUGGUUCACAAAAUAUGAAUAUAUGGAAUAAUCUAAGGAUGCUACCGGAAAUGCUUGCUUAUACUAAUCCAAUUAUCAAAGAAACACAAAAUACAUCUAGUGGUUUAAGUAUACAAGAUAUACAACAAUUAGCAUUAUUAAAUCAAAUAUAUAAUCAAUUAAAUACAGGACAAUCUAGUUCUUUUAAUAUUAAUUCUAUAUCUCAAUCGAAUACAUUAGUUACAGAUAUAUCAAGUAUGAAUAUUCCUGGAAAUUAUCAUUCAACUACAAUUUCUUCACAAGAUAUUAAUUUGACUAAUUUAAGUUCUAAAUCAAAUCAAUCAAAUCAUUUUACAAAUAAUGAUAAUUCAAUUUUAACAAAUCAAAUAUUGAAUAAUUUUUGUAAUUUUCAAGCCGAAAAUCAAAAACAACGACAAAAUAAUCUAUAUUAUUCAGAUAAUAUUUCUGAUACAUUGAAAUAUUCAAAUUCAAUACCUUUAAAUAAUACAACAUCUACUAAUGAAUUAUAUUGUUCCUCUGGAUCAGUUGAUCCAAUGAAUUUAAAUACCUCUGUUCCUGUAUCAAAUAAUAAUAUCACUUCAUUAAAUGAUAAAACUAGUAUUACUUCUACAAAUAGUUUAGCCUAUGCUCAAGCUUUAAUGAUGAUUAUGAAUGCUAUGUAUGGUAGCUACAAAAUUGGUCAAACCUCAGUUCAAAAUGAUCAAACCAGUGGUUUAAAUCUACCACAAAGUGGUUUAUUUAAUUAUAAUACAAAUCAACAGUCAAUAAAUUCGCCUACUGUUACUAGUACACCUUUGAAUACAGAACCAAAAGAAUCAUUCAAUGAUGUUCUAACAUUUCUAGGUCAAUGUCUGAAUAGUUCUACUAGUUAUAAUGAUAAAACGUUGUCACAUCGACAACAGAAUACAUCUGUGAAACAAUCACAGCAAGUAACAAAUCUCUCAUGUUCAAAGUCUACUACCACAAAAAAGUUAUCUGGAAGACAAAGAACGACCAGUAGAAAUCAUCAGUCAGAUCAACCGACUACAUCUACGACAACUCAUCGUGGUAGAGGUAGACCACCAAAACUAGCUGGUGUACAAUAUCAAACACAAAGUAAACAACAACAGCACAAACGAAAUCAGUUGACAACUCAAAACGAUAAACAACCACAGGACAACACUGGAGGAAAUUCAACUGUUGUGUCUGAUAGUAUAUCUCACUGCGAUCAAAACUGUUCUCAAAUGAAACCGGAAUUCAACCUGUCGUUUUCCAAACUGAAAGGCAGUACACAUGGUGUUACUGAUAUGAAUGAUAUGAAUAUAUUCCCAGGUUCUAUGUGUUUCAGUGAAUCCAAAAUUAAAAUUGAACCAGACUCUCAAGAAAAAAAGUUAUUUAGCACGACUACUGAUAGGAAUGAAUCGAGUGUGGAGGAAACUAUUGAUGAUGUUCUGAAAAGUAUUGCUGAUUGUAAAGGUGAUCUUGCAACAUUAGCUAGCCAGUUGGCAUAUAGUACAUUAGGAAUCACUUCAAACAAACAAUUCUGUAAAGAUCAAACUGAGGUUGAUAACAAUGAUUCAUGCAUUGUAAAUAUGAGCACAACUUCAGAUUCAGCUUCUAAACUAUCUGAUACAAAUAGUCCAUCUUUAAUAUCCCAUGGACAGUCAAGUUCACAUGUCCCAAUUCAUUCCGAAUGGAAUCUACAAGAUGUUACUAAAAAUGUUAGGCAAAUUGGUAUGUUAGGAGGAGUUAUGUUUUUGAAUGCUCUUGGACAAGAUCUAUGUAAUCAAAAUAACCCUCAAGAUAAGGUGUCUAAUACAACAGGAAAUUAUUUCAACCAAUCUGAAUUCACAGAAACAAAUUUAAAUAAUUGUGCAUCAUCAACAAAAUGUAAUUUGAAUACUGUUGCUGAUUCUAAAGCCUGUUUACCGCAAAUCGAUAGUCAAGAAGAGAUGAAAUCUAUUUGUGAUACUAGUUAUUCAUUUUGUCCAUCCCAAGAAAAAAUCAACUCUUCUAUUACUUCAACAUAUUCAUCUUUAACUCCUACUAGUUCUUUUAUGGAUCCAAAUCAAGUGAAAAUGUUUCCAUGUCAUGUUACUCAAGUUCAUCCUAAAACAGAUAUAUGUUUAAAUAAUACAAAAAAUCAGGAUGUACCCGUACAAAAUCAACAGUUAUGUCAACUAACAAAUGAAAAAACACAUCAUGGAUCAUAUAAUGGUACAUCAGGAAAUGUACUUAAAUCAACCAGUUUAUCCAGUUCAGAUGAUAAUUAUUCUCAUCUUCCUUCUAAUACAACAAACUCAUUGUAUCAACAAAAUUCAGCUGAAAAAGAAUAUUUAAAAAAUUUUUUCAUUGAAUUUGUUAAACAACAAGAACAAUUACAAAAAGAAAAAGAUGAAUUAAUAAAAGAAGAACAAAAACAAUUAAAAGAAAUGAAAAUUCGGGAACUUAUUGAACAAGAAUUAAAGAAGCCAGUAGAAGACCUACGUUUGAUUGAUCCUAAACCAAUACCAAAACUGGAUUCAAUCCCAGGUAAUAGAAUGACUAGAAAAAUGUUUGGAAAUUGUCUUAUGAUUAUUGAAUUCUUACAUGCAUUCUCAGAUGUAUUAUGUAUAGGUGAGUUGGGCAAUAAAAGAGUUAUAUUGUUAGUAUUUAUUUAUUUAUUUUCAUUAUUGAUUAAUUUGUUGAAAUCAAUAUUCCAACAUAUAUGUAUAUAUAUAAAUAUAUUGAUAAAAUUACCAUUUCAAAACUAACCAAUCAGAACCAAGAGAACAGAUUUGGAUUUAUUAAGAGAAGUUAAAAAAAAAGAAGAAGAAGAAGAAAGAGAAAAGAAUGACUUUUAUGUCAUAUCAACUAAAAAGCUAAAAAAAUUAAGAAUAUCUUUUUACAAAUCUAAAUGAUUGGGAAAAAAGUCAUUUCAUUCAUCAAAGAAUAGAAAUCACCGUGUAAAAUGUAUCAAGUGAUUCUUUAUGCAUAGGUUGUAUGUAAUAGUUAAACUAAUGAUUUCUUAUCUCACAUUACUAUGUUCAUAGUAUUAUUAUUAUUUAUUUACUUAUUUGAAUACAUGAAUAUUGGUACAAGUGGGAACGACAUACAUAUGCGCCACAUAAAUUUCAUUAGGUUUGUGUGUCGGCCGUGAUACUGACCGGAUGCCCAGACCGAAACAGAUGGUUUUCUUAGAGGGCCACACCCCCGAGCCUUCGACCUAAAGGUCUGAUCUACAAGGCAAUGGAGCAUCGUAAGGAGAUGCAAUCCAAUGGUAGCCGAUGACCAACAAUAGGUUCAUAUGCCAUUUGUUUUCUUAGGAUCCUGAAAUUCAUGUACACCAUUAGUUUGGAAUUAGGGUUUUCCAACUCCCCUAUGUGAACCCUCUGUGUCCACCAACCCAGUUAAAUUGCCAGACAUUCGCUUUUCGUCCUCUCAA